AUGGCAGGCUCUGGGCCCUUUCGUGCCGUGCUGGCCAUGCUGGAACGCUGCUAUGCCGACGUGCUGGGGCUUGAACAGUUUGUGCAGAGGCUCCGGGAGGCGGCUGCCUGCAGGCCUGGCGAAGCUGAACUGCUGCAGCGCGGAGACUCCGAGCUCUAUCAGACGUUUGUGUCUCAGUGCGUGGUGUGCGUCCCCCGGGGAGCCCGAGCCAUCCCCCAGCCCCUCUCCUUCCAACAGUUAUCUAGUGAGAGUGAAGUAGUCAUAAGAGUCAUUCAAAGACUUUGUGAAAAAAAGAAGAAAAAUGUCCUUGCAUUUGGGUAUGCAUUAUUGGAUGAAAACAGUUCCUAUUCGCAGGUUAUGUCUACUUCAAAUAUAUGCAGCUAUCUACCUAAUACUGCAACAGAAACUCUUCGGAUGAGUGUGCUAUGGGAAACAUUAUUGAGCAGGAUAGGGGAUGAUAUUAUGAUGUAUUUAUUGGAACACUGUGCUAUGUUUAUGCUAGUGCCACCUAGUUGCUCUUAUCAAAUAUGUGGGCAGCCUAUGUAUGAGCUUACUUCAAGUAAUGCAGCACCUUCCACAGUGUUUGUAAAACAAAGAUAUUCAAAAAGUAGACAUAAUAUUCUGUUUGACUACAUGCAAAAAAAAUGUCAGUUAUCAAAGACAAACAAGUGGAAAUGGAAACCAAGAUCAGAAAUUAAUAUCUUGAGCACUAAUAGUCAAAGGAAUAAUAAAACACAAGGCUCUGCACCUGAUUAUGAGCAUUCUGCCACAGCUAAGGGAGCUGUUGGGCAAAAUUCUAAAACAAACAAACAGGUCAGAAUGGUCACUGGAAACCUGGAAAAUCUCAGAGGACCUAACCUAUAUCCAGUUGCUACUGCCACACCUUCAAAAAGGAAGCUUGAUAGGGAUCAAUUUGAAGUUACAGCUAAAAGGAUGAAGAUAAACCUAAGGGAAGAAGAGGAUGCUUGGAGCUUUGGAUCUAAUGUAGAUAAAAACAAGUUCACUCUGGACAUCAUUUAUGAUACACAGUCUCUUUCAUGUGUAGAAUCAUUUUCUGUAAAUAACUUUAUUAAAAUAAAGUCCAUUUCUCAAGAAAAUGAGAGUAGAGCAGAGACUCCUGAUGCACCAUCUUUAGUGCAGGAAGUUCAAGAUAGUAAGGAAAAAUCUGUGACAGAUGAUGAGAAUUCGUUAAGGCUGCGUGUUCAGUGUAAUAAACUUUAUAAAUCUAGCACUGAUACUAAAACAAAUUCCAGCAGAGAGGGAGUAGAGCUAGAUAUCUGUAAAUUUCAGGUUGGUUCUGUACAAAUGAAAAAAGCAGAAGAUAAAUUUUUAAAAUACAGAGGUCUUAAGUGCUCCCCAACUAAUAUAGCUAAGAAGCUAUCCAAUAAAAUCUCACGUUCCAGAGUGUACAUUGGGAGGAAAUGUCUUUUGUAUUCUUCCGGGAGCUUCCGAGAAUGUUUUCCUAAAUCAUUUUUAUUGAAUCGCUUAAAGGGCAGCCAAGCAGGGGGACAACAGCUUGUAGAAAUGAUAUUCUUAAACAGCAAAAUAUUGGCUCAAAAAUGCAGUGCAAACAUACCAAGUUACAACUGGAGAAAGAAGAGAUUGCCCAAACGCUAUUGGCAGAUGAGAGAUGUAUUUCAAAAAUUGUUAAAGAAUCAUGCAAAGUGUCCCUAUUUGGUACUUUUAAAAAAGAAUUGUCCUGUGUGGAUUUCUGAGACAAAUUCAAGCAAAAUUGACACAAUUUGUCAGUCAGUUUCUUGUGACAGAGUACAGAUUGAUAGGGAAGCAGAAGGUCAAGUUGGGAAAGAGCCUCCUAUAUGUUUGACAAGCAAUAGCAGAGAAGGUGGUUACACUGAUGUUCCAAAUGAUUCUUGUUUGCUUUCAAAAAGAACUUCAACCGAUUUAGGUAUCUUAAGCAGCCCUGAGAAAUUUGUGUUGGGGCAAACAGAAAAUGAAAGACAAAAUGCUAAAGAAUUCUGUGACCCUGACUUGAAGGAGCUUCUCAGACAGCACAGCAGCCAUUGGCAGGUGUAUGUUUUUGUGCGGGAAUGUUUAGACCUGGUGGUACCAGAAGAACUGUGGGGUUCUAGCUAUAACAAAUGCCGCUUUUUAAAAAAUGUGAAAACAUUCAUCGCCUUGGGAAAAUUUGCCAGGUUUUCUUUGCAGGAAUUGAUGUGGAAGAUGAGAGUGAAUGACUGUACAUGGCUUCGUGUGAUCAAAGAGAAUAUGCUCCCUAGGAACUCCAGUAGGAUCUUUGUUUUUGGCCCUGAUCCAGCAAAACUCUUAGGUGAUCAUUUUGUUCCUGCUUUGGAACACCAUUACCGUGAAGAAAUUUUGGCCAAGUUCCUAUACUGGCUGAUGGAUUCCUAUAUUGUACAGCUGCUCAGAUCAUUUUUCUACAUCACCGAGACCAUGUUCCAGAAGAACAUGCUUUUCUUCUACCGAAAACUAAUUUGGAGCAAGUUACAGAACAUUGGAAUGAGAAACCAUUUUGCCAAAGUGCAUCUUCGUGCAUUAUCUGCAGAGGAAAUUGAAAAAGUACAGCAGAAGAAAUGUGUUCCUAUGGCAUCAAAACUUCGGUUCAUCCCUAAACCAAAUGGGUUGCGACCUAUAGUAAAAGUGAACACUGUUGUUGGAGCAAAAACAUUGAACAGGAAAAGCAGAGACAAGAAGGUUCAUUACUUCAACACUCAACUUAAAAAUCUAUUUAGUGUUCUGAAUUAUGAACGAACCGAAAACACCAGUCUCCUAGGCUCCUCAGUGUUUGGGAAAGAUGAUAUAUAUAAAAUAUGGAGGAAGUUUGUUUCUGAAGUUCUUGAAUCAAAUGAUAAAAUACCUCGUUUCUACUAUGUGAAGGCUGAUGUCACUGGGGCUUAUGAUACUAUUCCUCAUAAUAAACUUGUGGAAGUGGUCUCACAAAUCCUAGAUCCUGAGAAAAGAACAGUCUACUGCAUACGGCGUUAUGCAGUGAUCAAGAUUACCAUGAAUGGACAAAUCAGAAAAUACUAUAGAAGACACGUUUCCACUUUCAAGGAUUUUAUGUCCCAUAUGAGAUUAUUUGUGUCCCAUCUGCAAGAGACUACAUCGCUGCAAAAUGCCAUAGUAGUUGAACAGAGCCUUUCUUUAAAUGAAACAAGCUCCAGCCUGUUUGCUUUUUUUCUGCAAAUGAUCCAUAACAACAUCCUGGAGAUUGAGGGCAGAUACUACUUACAGUGUUGUGGAAUUCCGCAGGGCUCUAUUUUAUCAACUCUGCUUUGCAGUUUAUGCUAUGGAGACAUGGAAAACAAAUUAUUCUGUGGAAUACAGCGAGAUGGAGUGCUGAUACGGUUAAUUGACGACUUUUUGCUACUUACACCUCACUUAACACUAGCGAAAACUUUUCUGAGGACUCUGGCGACAGGCAUUCCUGAGUAUGGCUUUUUAAUAAACCCCAAGAAGACCGUGAUGAAUUUUCCUGUUGAUGAGGAUAUCCCAGGAUGUUCCAAAUUUAAACAGUUACCAUAUUGCGGUGUGAUCCCAUGGUGUGGGUUGUUACUAGAUAUACAGACACUUGAGGUUUACUGUGACUACUCCAGUUAUGCCUGUACUUCUAUCAGGUCAAGUCUCUCCUUCAAUUCAAGCAGCACAGCAGGGAAAAACAUGAAAUACAAACUUGUCACAGUCUUGAAGCUGAAAUGUCAUAGUUUAUUUCUCAAUUUACAGGUCAACAGUCUUAGAACAGUUUUCAUUAACAUUUAUAAGAUAUUUUUGCUGCAGGCCUACAGGUUCCAUGCAUGUGUUCUCCAGCUUCCCUUUAACCAGCAAGUUAGAAAAAACCCUUGCUUCUUCCUGAGGAUCAUUUCUGAUACUGCAUCAUGCUGCUAUUCUAUUUUGAAAACCAAAAACACAGGGAUUGCUUUAGGCACCAAAGGUGCUUCUGGGCUAUUUCCUUCUGAAGCAGCAGAAUGGCUUUGCUAUCAUGCUUUCAUUAUCAAACUGACAAACCACAAAGCUGUCUACAAGUGCCUUCUUAGGUCCCUAAAAAUAUGUUGGUCAACACAGAGGAUAACAUCAUGCUUUCACCCUCAUUCCUUUUGCAGAAGUGGAAGAUGUUUGCACUGAUUCUGAAAGUUGCUGAUCGCUUAGUUGAGGGUGUGUGUGAUGGGUUCCCCAGGGUACAACCUAGAACUGGGGUACCUCUGAACUUUCUGUCUUACCAACCUGGGCUCCCUCUCACACUGUGAUGCUGUGACAAGCUUCAAACCUCUCCGGGUACUGCACUUACACAGACAUCCACAGGCAGGGAUGCAGCCAGCUGCGUUACAUGAAUGCUUCUCCUAGCCGCUCAUAAACCAACAAUGGAGAGGCUCCAGCCAAUUCCCCAGAGCUCCCCAGCCUAGGACCCCAGAGCUGUACCAUCUUACCCUGAUCAGAAACCUGACCAGUGUGUUUAUUACCCCGUCCAUCUUUCCCUCAAUGUGGAGAGGACAUGCACCAGCUCUUGUCCCUGAGCAGAUUUCCCAUGUACUUCAAGCAAAAUCUACUGUUUUAGGUCAACUAUAAAACAGAUUUAUUAACUAAAAAGAGAGAGAUUUUAAUUGAUGAUAUGUAAUAAGUGUACAGAUCAAAGCUGGUUACCUAGGAAAUGAAAGUAAGAUUGCAAUCUAAGUUAUAUAAACUAGAUAGGAUUUAAAUCAGGCAGUGUUUCACCUUGAUAGAUGGGAGAGUUCCUAAAUACACAAGCUGAGAUUCUCCUUUCCAGCCUGGGACCAUCUCCCCAAUUCAAAGUUUUUGUCCUCCAAAUAUAUUUCCAGGUGUUGAGUUGUGGGGGGAGUGAGGCCAAGUGGUGAUGUCACUUCCUCCUUUUAUAGUUUCUUCCAGCUUGCUGGAAAGAUCCUUUGCUAUGACAUGAGUCAAACAGUCUCCAUUGUCUACAUGCUAUCUCUGAGAGGUUUCCAUUGUAUACAGUUCCUGGGGUAGUCCUUUGUCAUAUGGAUUCCCCUUAAUAGAGGGCAAAAGUUGUCUUGCUUCUCCAUUGUUGUACCUGAAAGGCUAGUUGUGGGUGUUUCCAACUUCACAACAUAAUUCAGUAACACACACACAGCAAAACUUCGUAAUGUCCCAUAAAACAAUAGCAUAUACAAUCCAACAGGAUAUUAAUAUUCAACAGAUGGAGACUUUUAAAAUGAUACCUUACAAGGCAUACUUUGUACAAAACAUAUCAUAUUUAUAUCACCAUGGUGAAUAUGGGGGUGCCAGGGUGUUGCUUUGGAGUGCAGAGUGUUACAGGGUGAAAAAAGGAUAUUUGUAUAAAGUUAGUGUAAAGACCCUAGAGUAUUUCUUGCAAUGACUUUGUCAUAAAUAUAAAGGGAAGGGUAACCACCUUUCUGUAUACAGUGCUAUAAAAUCCCUCCUGGCCAGAGGCAAAAUCCUUUCACCUGUAAAGGGUUAAGAAGCUAAGAUAACCUCGCU